CGCUUAUAACACCUCAUAACCCCGAUUUCAUAGUGUAUAACGGCGUUAUCAGUGGGUUCGUAGCACCGAGUAGCAAAGCCUGCCAACAUGGGUCUUCGUCUGUUUGUUCUGACGUUGCUCGUUGCGACCGUUAAAGGUUUCAUCUUUUCCCGCCAAGUUUGUUAUGACCACAUAGGCUGUUUCAGCAACGCGCGCCCUUAUAACAAUGCCAAAGGUCAUUUGCCCGAAUCCCCCGAUCACAUCCAAACUAAAUUUCUACUGUACACAAGGCAAAAUCCUACACAUGCGCAGAUGUUAAAUCCCUACGAUAGGUCAACAGUGUCUGGAUCAAAUUUUGACGGUCAUAAAAACACCGUAUUCAUUACGCAUGGAUACCAAGAUGAUGUGCAUGCGCCAUGGCUUCAAAAAAUGACAGCUGCAUUCCUUAAGAAAGCCGAUAUGAAUGUUAUCGCUGUGGAUUGGUCUAAAGGUGCAGACAACAUAAACUACAUUCAGGCUGCGGCUAAUACCCGAGUGGUCGGGGCCACCAUCGCUAACCUUAUCAAAGAGCUGCACAAUGUAGCUCACCUGGCCUACAACAAGGUGCAUCUGGUGGGACAUAGCCUGGGCUCACACAUCUCGGGGUAUGCUGGGGAACGUGUUCACGGAGUCGGUAGAAUUACGGGUCUUGAUCCUGCUGGUCCUCUUUUUGAGAACUUUGACCCCGAAGUCAGACUAGAUCCUUCGGACGCUUUGUUUGUGGAGGCUAUUCACACUGAUGCAGAUUCCUUGCUUGAACUAGGGUUCGGCCUAACGAAAGCCAUAGCUGAUGCCGACUUCUAUCCCAAUGGCGGGGAGAAACAGCCCGGAUGUAGCAGCGAGCUAGGAAAGCAUCUGUUCAGCCUCAUCACAGGCAGAAUAGAACAGUUCAAAAGCAGCAUUGCCUGUAGUCACAUGAGAGUGCUGGACUUUUUCACGGAAUCUAUCACAUCGCCCUGUGGGUUCACAGCCUAUCCCUGCCCAUCCAAGGCCGACUUUGACGCGGGACGAUGCCAUUCCUGUGGACACGGCUGCUCCAAGAUGGGUUACAAUGCCAAUCCACAUUUACGGGGAUCAUUUUAUUUGUCAACCAAUGCCGCAACGCCUUUUUGUCAAAGUUAGGAAUCAAGCGAAACACAAUAAUUUAUUAUAUUUUAAUAAAUAAUCCGUAAAUGUUCUUUUUUAAUUCACAACAAUAAUAAAUGUAGAGAGCUGGUUUGCUUGACUUAUCGUUAUACGUAAACGAACACAAAUAAUGAAAUUCAGAUACCCUGAAUAAUAA